AUGUCAGCAGCUAACUCCUCUACAGAUGAUGUUGUUACCGAUGAUUUCUAUCGGCCCGCAAAUUCCAAUGAUUAUGCACCAGGUGACAAUCCAAGAAAAAGAGGUGUUCGAGAAACCGAUAGGUUUAGACCUGAACCAAUCAGACGAGCAAUACCUUCUUUGAGCCAUCGUCGCGCUCCCAACGGUUAUGUUGCUGGUGAUAACCCGACGAGCAGAGGUGUCCAGCAGAGUGAUAGGUAUCGGCCAGAUCCAAAAUUGUUUGAGCAGGAACCAGAUGCAAGAAUUUCCUCUCAUGUUCUUGAAGCCAUUCGAUCAGAUACCUGUCCAACUCAAGGACUUGAGACCCAACAUUUUCGUCCACUCCAAGUUACCAUUUCAAGGAACGCAUUCCUGCACCCAAUUCUGGCUCGACCAGUGUCCAAUGUCCCAAACUUUGAUGAUGGAAUGACCCUGUUCUCCUUCAGUGACUACAAUGAUCUGGAGACCCCACCUGAAGGACCCGAAGAACGAAGUUGUCCAUCAAAGCGAUCAGAAAGCAGAAUCUUCUCUUUUGAUGGCAAAAGCCCUUCUGAUGGAAAACAGACAUUCAUGGACGAUCCUGCAGCUACCCGUCGUCUUUUUGGUGGAAUAAUCAAAAAGCGUCGCGUUUCUGGACCGUCUACCAGCUUGCCAACUUCUUUGUUGCCAAAGUCUGGUCACGACUCGAACAAUAUUUCGUCAUAUCGUACCACUGACUCCUCCAAUCCAUCUCGCGCAAGUCAGUAUGGCAUAACACAAGGAUUUGAAGUCGCCCCCAGCGAUACACAACGGAUGUCCCUGCCAGGCUGUCCAAGAGUCGAGUACGCAGCACUUACAUCAAUCAAUCCAAACACCCCAAAAAAGAGCCAAGCUUCUCUAGUUCUUGAGGAAAAUUCAAGCCAUCCUGAGCUAGAGAAAGCAUGGCAGAUGAUAGUUCGUCAAUCGGAUGAACGGCGGGCGUCGGGACCGGCACCGGCACGGGAAUGA